UAAUCAUUCUAAGAAGACGCAACCCUUUUAACUUGUCUAUUCUUUUUUUCUUUCCUAAUUCGUGUACCUUUUAUUCUUCUUUGUCUUCUUCUUUAUCGAAUGCUGUAUAUUAUUCCAUCGUCCUAAAGUCAAGGAAGUCAAAUCGUUUGAUGGACGUUGCUCGAGGUCGAGGGUCGAUAGUACUAUACAUAUACACGAGGAGGGGUCGUAGCGUGCCCGAAUCGUUAAGUUGGAACAGUCGAUGAAUCGGAUAGGCGACCAAUUUAUCCUCUUCCAUCAAGCUUAAGCAGUGACAAUGAGGCGACGCAAACUUUCUCUCAGUAAUAACGAAGAGAGGGAAGUAUAGAGUGCACAUCAUUAUGCACUUUAACGAGUGAUUCCGAGCGUGGAAUAGUCGGACGAUAGAGACACGUGAUUAUAAGAAACAUAUAUAUAUGUGUGUAUACGUACACACCGCAAGUAUAAACAAAUACAUCAACGUGAAGAGUAAAAACAAAAAAGAAGAUAAAGGAAAAAAAUUGAAAAUUAAAAAGAGGAAGUUUCUAUUAAAAAAAAAACAAGAGAAAAAUUAAUUCAUUUAUACAAUGUGGAUGCUUAAGAAGAGGAUGAAAAUGGUGAGGGGAGAAAGAAAAAUGGUGGAAUUCAUUAAAUAGCCCAUUCUCGAGCAAGACUUCCUUUUCUCCUCCUCCGCCUCCUCUUUCUUUACUUUUCCUUCUUAAACGAAGGAAAAAUGGGUAGUCAAAACGACACUCGAAACAGCGGCGUUACAACCACAACGAUUUUAACUCUAAGGAUUCUCCUUGGGGCAGGAUUAUUAUCGCAUCUUCUUUCGCAUGUCCUUGCUCAAACGGAGGACCCACAAACCUCUUUAGAAACAACUACGUCUACUGCGACUACUACGACGUACGAGCAAACGACUACUUACAUCAUUUCCGGAUCUUCUUCUUCUUCUUCUUCUUCUUCUUCUUCUUCUUCUUCCCCUUUGGCAGAGAACAAGUCCGACCUUUAUAAAGUGCCAACGAAACCCCAGAAUCUCACGUCACGUGGAAUAACGUCGACAACCAUAGAGCUGUCAUGGUCCGAGCCAGAAAGUGCCAACGGCGUCAUAGCUGGCUACCGUGUUUAUUAUAUGCAUUCCAAUUACACCGAUGUUCAAAUGCACAAGAUGUACGACAACAGUGGGCCCAACGUCGAGUUCGUAUUAAAAGAUUUAAAACCUUACAUCAUCUACGAUAUUUGGGUGAAAGCAUAUACGUGGAAACACGAAGGUGAACCAUCCGAUCAUAUAUUUCGUAGGACUGAUAUUGCUGGACCAAGCGAGCCACAAAUUUUAAAUUUGACUUGUCAAUCGUAUAAUUCAGUUUAUAUUCAAUGGGCAAGACCAACGCUCUUUUGGGGUUCCGUCGAUUAUUAUUAUAUCAAUUAUCGUCAGGAAACUAAUAAAUAUUCCGAAGAAAUCGAAUUAUCGGCCGAUAAGAAUCAUCUUGAAAGUGGCAUGAUUAUACAUAAUUUAACAAUGAACACGGUCUACGAAUUUAUCGUACGUGGAGCAACAAAAAGUACCAUUAAUGAUCGAUUGAUCAUACAAGGAGAAAGUUCUGCACCACGAAACGUUUUGGUUACUCACGAUUGCGAUAAGAUUCCACCGUUGAAACGUCGUAGCAGCAAGGAUCUCAGCGCUGGUGUGAUAGCUGGCAUGGUUUGUGCUUGCUUUGCCGUCAUGUUAGCAAUAACAGCCUUCGUUCUUUGGAAACCGAUUUUCAGAAAAUGCUUUCACACGGCCUAUUACUACCUGGAUUAUCCACCACGAAACGUGCCGACUCUCCAAGAAUGGGAAAACAGUGAGCAAGAUGGCGAAAGGACCGCCGUAAGCGUUCAACAAUUCGUUCAACAUGUCGCCAAGCUGCACGCCGACGGUGACAUCGGUUUUAGUAAAGAAUACGAAAUUAUACAAUCCGAGAGUGGAGGUUACACCGUCGAGAACUCUCAAUUCGCUGAAAAUAAAGCGAAGAAUCGAUAUCUCAACAUACUCGCAUAUGAUCACACGCGUGUACAAUUAUUAUCGUGCGGCGGAGGACCACCUAAAAAAGGACAAGAUUACGUCAACGCGAAUUACAUCGAUGGAUGGCAACGUGCACGAGCUUACAUUGGCACUCAAGGACCAUUGCCACCGACCUUCGAUGGUUUCUGGCGAAUGGUUUGGGAACAACGUGUAUCAAUCGUUGUGAUGAUCACUAAUCUUGUCGAGCGUGGUCGCAGGAAAUGUGAUAUGUACUGGCCGAAAGAAGGCACUGAAACUUAUGGUUACAUUCAAGUUACUUUAGUCAGGGAAGACAUCAUGGCAACUUAUACCAUUCGUACUCUUCAAAUACGACAUCUCAAGCAGAUUAAGAAGAAGAAGAAUGGGACCAAUAUGGGAGAACGUACGAUAUGGCAGUAUCAUUAUACUGGUUGGCCUGAUCAUGGUGUUCCUGAUCAUCCUCUACCUGUUCUCAGUUUCAUUCGGAAAUCAUCCAAUGCUAAUCCACCUGACGCUGGUCCAAUAGUGGUUCAUUGCAGUGCUGGUGUUGGACGUACUGGGACCUAUAUUGUGAUCGAUGCAAUGCUGAAGCAGGCAAAGAGCAAAAACGAAAUCAAUGUAUUCGGAUUUUUAAAACACAUUAGAACGCAGAGAAACUUUUUAGUUCAAACAGAGGAACAGUACAUUUUCAUUCAUGAUGCUUUGCAAGAAGCUAUCGAAAGUGGAGAGACCAAUAUAGAAGCUAAUAAUUUGAUGCAGCAUAUUCAAGACAUGCUAUGUCCGUCCAACAAUAAGACAGACGCCUGGAAUAACUUAGAUUCUCAAUAUAAACUCGUAACGUCCUGGAAACCAAAGGACUUUAAUCUCGUGUCGGCGACAAAAUCAUUUAAUAUUCAUAAAAAUCGUAAUAUGGAGAUUAUACCUAUCGAAAAUGCUCGUGUACAUUUGACUCCAAAGCCUGGUGUUGAUGGAAGUGACUACAUAAAUGCAACGUGGUUCUCUGGGUUCCAAAGAAAUCGUGAAUUUAUUAUAACUCAACAUCCAAUGGAGAACACCAUAAUGGAAUUUUGGCAAAUGAUGUGGGAUCACAAUGCUCAAACUAUCGUAAUGUUGACUCAAUGCGAUAAGGAAUAUCCUGAGUUCUGGCCAACGGAAGGAAAGGAUUUGGAAUCGGAAACAUUUCGAGUACGAUUAUGUGGUAUUAAAGAAACAGUCAAUGGAAUCAUUCUACGCGAGGUAGCCGUCAGAUCAUUACAGGACGAUUACGAAUUAAGUGCAAGAAUCGUUCAAGGACCACUCAAUCAAGUUGGUUUAUGGCCUCACAAUAAUAACCCCAAAGUAUUUGUCAGUGUGAUACAAGACUUUCAUAGAGAUUAUCAAAAUGGUCCAAUCGUCGUUAUGGAUAGGUACGGUGGUGUCGAAGCUGCCCUUUUCGUUCUGCUAACAACUUUGAACAAACAACUCGAGUUCGAACAAUCAGCAGAUAUAUACAUGUUUGCUAAAUUAUUAUAUAUGAAAAGACCAGGUGUAUUUCGAUCGAAGGAGGACUACGUAUUACUUUACCAAUGUUUGGAAACAAUGCUGUCGUCAAAAGUACGCGGUGAACCGGAUCUUUACGCGAUGGCUAAUGGACAUGUGGCAACAAUGAGUAAUAACGAUCCGAACGAGAUUAGGUCAGCUUCGUCGAUGCAGCACAUAGCGACAAUGGAUUAUCCCAUGAAGUCAGCACCACCAAUGAUACGAGAAUACGCGACGGUGGAGGUGAGCACCGAGUACUUGUCCGACUAUACAAUCCCCAUAAGGGUGGACCAUCCGAUCGAAUCUUCGUCAAGCAAUCGUGGAAGUGAGACUUGUCUGGCCGCUCAUGGUAGCAACGAUCAUGGCGUAUCCGAGAAGAGCAUUGUGGUUAGCCAAAGGAAUGUUAGCUAUCACAAUCAUCCACCGGGUGUUUCGGUGACGGUAGAUGCAAACGGUUACAUCACAAACGGCAGUAUGCGCGUACCACCUGAGGGUAUGGAGGCGAGCUGCAAAAUAUUACCGCAAUGAUGUCGGCCUAUCUUCGGUUGCAGCGUCGCCUCAGGUCGUUCAGAACCGCUGUAAUCGACAGUUUCGUCCCAAUAACCGGAAGUAUAUUUCGUCCCUCAUGACACCAGAAGGAGCUGUCCGAUUGGAAAGAUCUUCGCACAAUGGAAAAGCUGACCGUUCGAGUAUACAAGAUCAGCCUCGGGGG